UCUCUCUCUCUCUCUCUCUCUCUCUCUCUCUCUCUCUCUCUCUCUCUCUCUCUCUCUCUCUCUCUCUCUCCCUCUCUCUCCCUCUCUCCAUUACUAUCCUUGCGUGCCUGCAAGAUCAGCCAGAGCUUGAGGAUGGGGCGGGGCAAGAUAGUCAUCCGCCGGAUCGACAACUCCACGAGCCGGCAGGUGACAUUCUCCAAACGGCGGAACGGGAUCUUCAAGAAGGCAAGGGAACUCGCCAUCCUCUGCGACGCGGAGGUCGGACUGGUCAUCUUCUCCAGCACCGGCCGCCUCUACGAAUACGCCAGCACCAGCAUGAAGUCAGUAAUUGAUCGAUACGGCAGAGCAAAGCAGGAGGAGCAGCAGCUUGUGGCAAACCCUAAUACAGAGCUUAAGUUCUGGCAAAGGGAGGCAGCAAGCUUGAGACAACAACUGCAGAACUUGCAAGAGAAUCAUCGGCAGUUGAUGGGACAAGAUCUUUCUGGACUGGGGGUUAAGGAACUUCAAAAUCUAGAAAAUCAACUAGAAAUGAGCAUUCGUUGCAUCCGGACCAAAAAGGACCAACUCUUGGUUGAUGAAAUUCACGAACUGAAUCGGAAGGGAAGUCUCAUUCAACAAGAUAAUAUGGAAUUAUACAGAAAGGUCAAUCUAAUUCGUCAAGAAAAUGUUGAAUUAUACAAAAAGCUCUACGAGAAAGAAGCAGCAGGUGAAAUCAACCGUGAUUCAACAGCACCAUACAAUUUUGCAGUUGUUGAGAAUGACAAUACUCCUAUUCAUCUUGAGCUUAAUACUCUGCCACAAGAAAAUACUAUUGAGCAACCAUCGCCUCCUAAAUUAGGGUUACAACUAAAUCCAUGAAGACCUGCUGUAUAACAAUGCUUAUGUUCUCAUUGUCCUCGAAGGCUGCAACUCAAAGCAGCCAAAAUCUGAUUGGUUGUUAACGGGACUAAACACAUAGCAACAAAGAUAAAGUAUGCAUGCCAUGGACGAUUGGCAAUGGUAGUGUAUAUCUUUCCCAAUAAGAUGCAUUUUGUUGAAAAAUGCAACAAAUGGUCUGUCUUAUAAUUAUUUCACACAUUCUGCAA